CCCGCCACCAUGGAUUGUGUGGAUAUCCCCUUCGAUUCUGUCUGGUGUCCCGUCUGCUCGCGCCAGAUCGUCCCCAAGCGCAUACACCUCCCCGCCGCCCCCGCUCCCCAGCCCACCCCCGCGCCCCCCGCAUCCCCCACUGCGACGUCGAAACCCGCGCAGCAGCAAGAUGCCCACCCGCGUCUUACCCGCGGUAAGACCGGCACCAUCCGCCCCAGGGCAGCAGGCCUCGUCCACGGCACAGGUCGCGUCAAGCCCAACGGCACUAUCAAGCGCUCCCCCACAAAGGAUGCGUCUGCCACCCAAGACUCUAAGUCGGACGCGGCUCCUGCGCCUGCAAGGCCAGCUGCUCCCGUCCGCCAGCGCACUGUCAUCGACCCCUCCCCGGUCCCCCUCUACUGCUCCGACGAGUGUCGCCUCAUGGACCUCCAAGCCACCCACAGCGCUCUCGAUAUCAACUACAACCCCGAGCGGUGCGCUUCCCCACAACAUCCUCCCGUCUCCAAGAACACCCUCUCCGACUGCCAGUCAGUAAAUGACGACAGCGAUUGCUCAAGUGGCUCGUCCAUCGAGUCCCGUUCGUCGGUUGCCUCCCCCACCGCGACGACCACUGCCGUGCACGCGACCCCAACAAAGGGCAACUCGCACGAAGAGGCGUAUCAACGCCUUUCUGCCAUCUACAACUUUGCACCUCUCCCCCCUCCGCUUCCAUUCACGCCUAGGGCAACGAAGCCGGUCGCGCCAGCGCCACCUCCUCGUCUGGAAGGCGGCGUUAUGAUGGCUGCUCGUCGUAUCCAAGCCGCGCUCUGCCCGGAGAAGCCCAAGCGCACUGCUUGGGGCUUGCCGGUUCAGAGCGACGCUGAGGCCGACAACAAGCCCAUCCCCGGAUGGACCGACGGCUCCCAGGCGUGGCGUGCCAGCGUAUACGGUCUCGCGCCUCCGCGCGACCUGUCUACGGGCGACGUCGACGAGGCCGCCGAGCGCGCCUACGGCACCUACGUCGCGAGCCCUCAUCGCUCGCGCGGCGUCCACUCUACGCUCGGCGAGAACAAGCCAGCGACUGAGGCUGUGCCCAACCGCAGCGCAUCGGCCUCCUCCCUUCCGGCCCGUGUCAUGGACUCCUCCACUGAGAAGAUGUACAAGCAGUACUCUGCGUCGUUCACUCGCCGUUCCGAGUCCCGCACUUCUCUCCACCAUCAAUCUCGUGGUCUUUCGACUUCCCCCACCGGCUCCACCCGCUCCGCGUUCGCUCGCGAGGUUUCCCUUGUGAAGCCCGGUGCGGAAGGUCGCCUCCUUGUCCCAGAUGUGAAGAUGCGUCGCACCAACUCCAGCAUGUCUAGCAUUGGCGGCGCGUCUGGCUACUCAUGGAGCAGCGCUGGCGCCACCCUCAGCACGGUCGGAUCCAUGGCUGGCAAGAGGCGUAGCCCGCUCAGCCGCCAGAACAGCGACGUCAGCGUCGACACUGCGGAGACUGAGAGCGAGGGCGACGAGCUUGAGGUAGCGCGGGCGGCGGUCGCGUCAGUACCCUCUGGUAGUGCACGAAUGCCACCAAACACGCGUUCGUGGAGCUACGACUCUGAGGCGUUCACUUACCCCGUGAUGCCUCGCCGACCGAAGAUCGAGAAGCGCAUUGAGAAGCAGAUCGUCGACGGCGUCGAGCAGGAGGUCGAAGUGGAGGUCGAGGUGUACGAGCCCAUCAAGCGCCUCUUCCUCUUCGGCGGCGCGCGGAACUAGGUUUCUUUCUCUGCGACGGCGAGCGAGGUAUCGUCGCCAUCGCGUUCAUCAUCUCCUCCAUCUGUGCAUCGAUAUCCAGCAUCUGCAUAUCCCCACCACAUCGCUCCGUUCAUACCAGCAUCACACGCAUACCCCUGUCGAUACCUCGAUACCUCCGCUCGCCGUCGCGCCAUACCCCGCCGCCUCUCGGUGGCCUGCAUCGCCCUCAUGAACUCGCAUCGCCCUCCACGCACGACCAUCAUCUGAGUUAUUCGCCGUCGCCGCAUGCUCGCUCUCGCCUACCCUCGCCCUCCUGCUACUCCUACCGUAACGCCCUCGGUCUAACGUACCCUAACGUGCUAUACUCGACUACGCUACGACCCGCCUAUUCGCCGCGUACCUCCUCGCUGCAUCAACCCUCGUCCUAAUCGCCGCCUCCCCGAUGCUGCGCACGCGCGCGCCCGGCGCCACACAAAAUGUGAGAUACGUUGAAGUGUAUUAUCUGUACUACCACCACCCGCGCUGGGUCAAGGCCGCUCCUCGCGUCUCUCGGGUACGCCUCGGGACAUCCGUCGCAACCCCCAUUCGCCCCGUCCAGUCGGGGAUGUGUAUAUUCCUGUAUCGGUAUACGCCCACCACCCCGACGCUCUUUUGGUCUCUUGGAUUCCCUUCUCACAUUGGCUUCCCGCUCCUUUCCCCUCGUCUCUCGUCUCGCUGGGUGUACGACCACGAACCACGUACUUAUUCGCAUGUUGUCUUUGUUUCGUUGUCCAUGUUUGCUCGCUUUGUGCCUGCUUGGUUUCAUCGUGUACUACUAGCCAUUCCCCGCAUCCGGCCUCUCCUCGCGCACCAUCCGCCUCUGCAUCGUCGACCCCGUCAUCACAUCACCGCAUCCGCAUCCACCACGCAUCGCCCCUUGCAUCAUCAUCCGGCCUAUCCUACCCUACCCUACCGCCCCGCCUAAUGCUCCCC